AGCCCGAGCAGAAAAUGCGACCAUUAUAGGAGGCGGUCCAGUCCAAACCCUGUCGUCCACGACUGCUCUUCUCGGCUCGCACUGCCCUCCAGAUGCGAAGAGCCAGACUCUCCCCGAAGAAAUCUGCACUUCCUCCUUGAAGCUUCUAGGGUUCUCAAAUCAACUCUUUACCCUCCAUGUCGUCAAACAAUCUCAACAACACCAACCUUACUCGACCCAUCGCCGGUUCACCACUUGCCGUUGGCAUGUCCUCUUCUCCUGCAACUCCGCUUCCCCAUCUCCGCCCACCUCCCCAACCCCAACCCCCUUCAGCCUCCCCUUUCCAAAACUUUUUCCAGCCACAAUCCCUGCAAUCCCACCUUGCCUCCCAGUCUCAGGCAUCCAUGCUCGGUCCCGGUGCCUCUGCCUCAUCCCCUGCACUCUCUGGCGGUCCCAAAAGGCCCCCUCAAAAGCCUCCACCUCGUCCUGCACUGCCUGCAUCAUCCACCGCUGCUGUUCAGAGCUUCAAGUCUGCAGAACUGGCUCCAGCCAUUCGCCGUAAGAAAAGGAAGCUACCUGAGAAGCAUUUACCCGAUAGAGUCGCGGCGCUGCUGCCAGAAUCGGCUCUCUAUACCCAGCUGCUUGAAUUUGAGGCACGGAUUGAUGCUGCCCUUGCAAGGAAGAAGGUUGAUAUUCAGGAAUCCUUGAAAAGCCCACCUACAUUGCAGAAAACCCUUAGGAUUUAUGUUUUCAAUACUUUUUCGAAUCAGAAUAGGUUGGGUUUGGAUCCCAAGAAUGCUGAGCCGCCUUCUUGGUCUCUCAAGAUCAUUGGAAGGAUUCUAGAGGAUGGGGUUGAUCCCAAUUCUUCAGAGGCUUUGGCUAAUCCAAACCCUGCAUUCCCAAAGUUCUCAUCCUUUUUUAAGAGAGUUACUAUUGGUUUAGAUCCCAUGCUUUACCCAGAGAAUCCAACAAUUAUUUGGGAGAAUGCAAGGUCCCCUGCUCCUCAUGAGGGUUUUGAGGUUAAGAGGAAAGGGGACAAGGAAUUCAAUGUGAAUAUACGGCUUGAAAUGAGUUAUAAUCCGGAGAAAUUCAAGUUAUCUCCUCCAUUGAUAGAGGUUCUUGGCAUUGAGGUGGACACUAGAUCUAGAAUUAUAGCAGGGAUAUGGAACUAUGUUAAGGCUAAGAAGCUGCAAAACCCUAGUGAUCCUUCAUUCUUCUCCUGUGAUCCACCAUUGAAGAAGGUAUUUGGAGAUGAUAAGAUGAAGUUUUCAUUGGUUUCACAGAAGAUCUCUCAUCACCUUUCACCACCGCAGCCCAUACAUUUAGAUCACAGGAUUCGGCUAUCUGGGAAUUGCCCUGCAGGUCAUGCUUGCUAUGAUGUUUUGGUGGAUAUUCCUUUCCCAUUGCAGAAGGAAAUGUCUUCCUUUCUUGCAAAUACAGAGAAGCACAAAGAAAUUGAGGCUUGUGAUGAAGUGAUUUGUGCUUCAAUUAAGAAAAUUCAUGAGCAUCGACGAAGGAGAGCAUUUUUCCUUGGUUUUAGCCAGUCACCGGUGGAGUUCAUAAAUGCUCUAAUUGCUUCUCAAAGUAGGGACUUGAAGCUUGUUGCUGGGGAAGCAAGUCGUAAUGCUGAGAAGGAACGCCGUGCUGACUUCUACAAUCAACCAUGGGUUGAAGAUGCUGUUAUCCGUUAUUUAAAUCGUAAACCAGCAGGUGGUAAUGAUGCUCCUAGUAGUGCAUGAGCAUUUGAUGAAUUAUUUUCCAUAAAAUCAAUUUAGAUUUGCAGCCAAUGAAGUUGUAAGGUAACAAUGAUUGUACUUUCAGGGUCUCGGUACUUUUCUUAAUCCAUUCCUUGUAUCAGGUUAUUAAUUUUGAACACUCUGUAUAAAUUAUAUUUUGCAGAACAGUUUUGAAUCAUUCUGUUCAAGUAGAAGGUCCCGACAUAUUUUAAGAUGAUGUGCGUUGUAGUGCUUAUGAAGAA